ACUGGUUAGGUUGCACUCAUUAAAAAGAGUUGAUUUCAACUUAGGCGUGGAGUCGGAUUCGGUUUGUUGUCUAUGAUGAAGUUCUUUGAGGAGCAUGCUCCUUUUAUCACCAAUUAUUGGCCUUUUAUCAUUUCUUCAACGUUCAUAUGUCUCGGAUUGUUUUUCGUUGUUAUGUUUGUUAAAAAUAGAGGAAGGUAUAUUAGAGUUUUCGAUAAGGAAAACGAUGUGGGAUCAAAUAUAGAAGAAGAAGUAGGAGAAACUAACGAUCAGGUGUUUAUGAGUAUAAUGAAAAAUGAAGAUGUACAAAUACCAUACGCAUUACCUCGUCUACAACCCGUUGCAAUGAUUCAAAAAGCUCAGUCAUUCUAUGAAUUAAUGAAUACAAGACGAAGUUGUAGAAUGUUCUCCGACGAACCUGUUCCAAGGGAGGUCAUAGAUAAUAUAAUUAAAGCGGCCGGAACGGCUCCCAGCGGCGCCCACACUGAACCUUGGACCUAUGUUGUCAUCUCUCAGAAAGACGUAAAAAUGAAAAUAAGAGAGAUUAUUGAAGAAGAAGAAGAAAUUAACUAUAGGAGAAGAAUGGGUGAAAAAUGGGUUAAUGAUCUUAAGACGUUCAAAACAGAUUGGAUCAAACCGUAUCUAGUAGAAGCUCCAUACUUAAUUCUAGUCUUUAAACAGACAUACGGAUUAUGGCCUAAUGGACAGAAAAAAACGCACUACUACAAUGAUCUUUCUGUUGCAAUAUCAGUAGGUAUCAUGGUAUCAGCAAUAACUAAUGCGGGCUUAUGCUCCGUAACAUCGACACCUCUAAAUGCUGGAGUUAGAUUAAGAGAUCUAUUGGGCAGGCCUGUAAAUGAAAAAUGCGUUAUACUUUUACCUGUUGGCUAUCCAGCAAAGAAUGCUAAAGUGCCCAACUUGCAGAGAAAGCCUUUGAAAGAUAUUGCUAUUUAUUGUUAAUUCGAGCCGAAGGAGAAAAUGGGAAGAAAACAUCGAAAUAUAAGGAUGAUGAUGAUGAUGACGACGGUGAUAAUGAUAGCGAUAAUGAUAACACCAAGGAAGAGACGUAAGAGAAGAAGGAGGCGGUGAAAGGUUUUAAAAAAUAAAAUAAAGAUAAGUUCUAAAGCAAUAAAAAAACGUAAAAUUCCCGC